CAUCGCAACAGCGCUGUUGCAUCAACAACUUGCAAAAUGUCCGCCGCCGCUGCUGCUGCGCAUAAAGAUCGCGAGUUCCUCGCUGUUAUUGGGGAUGAGGACUCAGUAACCGGCCUACUCCUCGCGGGUAUCGGACACGUCACACCCGCACCGGACUCACAGAAAAACUUCCUCGUUGUGGAUGCUAAGACUGAGACGGCGGAUAUUGAGGCUGCGUUUCAAAGGUUUACGACGGAGAGGAAGGAUAUUGGGAUUUUGUUGAUUAAUCAGCAUGUCGCCGAACGCAUCCGCCACCGCGUCGACACCUACACAGCCGCCUUCCCCGCCGUCCUCGAGAUCCCGAGUAAAGAGCACCCCUACGACCCCGAGAAGGACAGUGUGUUGAGGAGGGUGAGGAGGUUGUUUGGGGAGUAGAUGGGUUCAGUAUCUACCCCUCUGCCUCCCUACUAUAAGGGAGGGUGGGGGUAGAAGUGAUUGGGGGAAGGGGGAGG